AUGCAUGCUGUUCAGGGCAUGGCGGGAACUGACGGCCGAAGUCCGGAACUGGCUCGUGAGAAUCUCUUCCAGCCAAAUAUGGACGAUGCCAAGCCGAACAACAACAACAAUAAUAACAACAACAUCAACAGCAACGCCAAAUCCCAAUACGGAGACUGCUCUUCCACGGGUCGCACCAUGUGCUCCAUUGAAAACCAGCCGAUGCGCCAGCAGCCGACCACUCCCGCAUCAGCCGCUGCGCAAUCCGCCACGGCGGUCGUCCGGAAGCGAAACCUGUCCAGCAGCAAUCUGGUGAACGACCUGGAGAUACUAGACCGCGAGCUCAGCGCAAUCAAUGCGCCCAUGCUGCUCAUCGACCCGGAGAUCACCCAGGGGGCGGAGCAACUGGAGAAGGCCUCCCUCUCUGCAUCCCGCAAGCGAAUGAGGAGCAACAGCAUCAGCGAGGACGAGAGCGACCGCGCUGGCGCCUCCAUGGACAGUCCAAACAGCAAGCGCAACAAGCUGUCCGUCGACCACCACCACCAUCACCAUCUCGAGCUGGACGAUUUCGACAUGAACCAGAACCAGAAGGACUUUGAAGUGAUAAUGGAUGCCCUGCGCCUGGGCACACCCACGUCUCCCAGCGGCGCCAAUGACUCGUGCGGCCAGGCAGCCAUGUUGAGCGAGUCAGCGAGUGUGUUUCACAAUCUUGUGGUCACCUCGCUGGAGACAUGA